AUCUUUGUCAGACAAUAUCAGUUUGAUAUUUUACAUUUAAUGCCAUUUUUAUCAACUUUAUAAAUAGCUUUGUAAAUGUAUCUAGUCAAUGAAAUUCUUUGCGCUUGCUUGCAACUAUGCUAUUGUGUUAAACUUUCGACUAUAGGAACACAUGUGAAAUAAUCAAAACCUUAAUUUUAUUCUUGUUAAGAAAUUAACAAUGUUUGGACUAAAACUAUUCACAUUUAUUUCUACAGUACAUUAUGCUGUAUUGGUUCAAAUUGACAACGUAUCUAACAUAAAAGUGACUGCUUCGGGCAAAUGUAUAACUUUUAGCAAAGUCAUGAAUGUUUUCCCGAUCAUUGGACAAAAACAGUGCAUUCGAAAAUGUUUACAGAAUCGCAAGUGCAAGUCUGUGAACUAUCGAAAGAAACAGCUCAAUUGUGAACUAAUUGCAGCAAAACAGGGAGAAUCUGGAACCUCUUUAGUUUUGGAUUUAGAGUGUGACUAUAUUGAAAUGGAAAAUCAGCCACAGGAGCUGGCGGGAUCUUGUAAGGCAACAUCGUGUAAAGUGGAGUGUGUGCCUCUAAGUAGCGGAAAACCAUUCUGCGUAUAUGGCAAAUGUCCUACAUCAUGGCAACUAAACGGGGAGAAGAAAUAUUGUUUUGUGAAAAAUUCUCUUAAGUGGCAGGCUGCCAAGGAUAGCUGCAUUUGGAUGGAUGGAUAUCUUCUGGAAAUAGAAAGUGAGGCUGAACAGACCUGGAUUCAAAACAAAAGUACGUUUUUUGAGUUUUUUGUUUGUGAUUUAAGGGCUGAAAAAUAG